CAUCCUCCCGCUAUUCCCUGCAAGCGAGGCGGCGGGGGGGUUGCCGAUGGGAACACCCUUACACCCCACCCCGCCCCACCGGCGCAGGCACCGUCCCGACCGAGAACCCCGUUGCCCGGGCCAGGAGCGGGUCGGGCCCGGCCGCGCUCGGGCGGCCGCGGCGCCGUUUGAGCCUCUGCGCGGCCCGUAGCUGGGACGCCUCGGUCUACCUCAACAUGGCGGCGGCGCCGGGCAGGGGGCGGGAAGUUUCCGGGACGCCUGUGGAGGACUUGAGUCAUUCUGGACCACUGUUACUGAAAUGAUACUACAGAAGGCGGCAGUUGCAUUGUGUUUGUUGGAUGAAACCCAGAUAUUUUCUUUCAGUCAAGUGGGUAAAACCCCCUAACUGCAGUUUACAUGUGUAGGUCACUGCGUUACUGUGUUAGUCAUUGUCUCUAUGCAGCAAUGACAAGGCUCGAAGAAGCAAACAGAGAAGUGAACAUGCACUCAUCAGUCAGAUACCUUGGCUAUCUUGCCAGAAUCAACCUACUGGUUGCCAUUUGCAUGGGCCUUUAUGUCAGAUGGGAAAAAACUGCGGAUGCACUGAUUUUGGUAAUAUUUAUUCUGGGACUCUUUGUUCUUGGAAUUGCCAGCAUAUUGUACUACUAUUUUUCAAUGGAAGCAGCAAGUUUGAGCCUCUCCAAUCUUUGGUUUGGUUUUUUGCUUGGCCUUCUCUGUUUUCUUAAUAAUUCUGCCUUCAAAACGGAUGUGAAAGAAGAAGCUACUAAAUAUUUGCUCCUCUCUGCCAUUGUUUUAAGGAUAUUAUGUGCUUUGGUCGAGAGGAUUUGUGGUUGUAUUCAUCAUCGACCAACUCUGCUGACAACAGUUGAAUUUUUGGAGCUGGUUGGAUUUGCAAUUGCCAGCACAACUAUGCUGGUAGAAAAAUCUAUGAGUAUUAUUCUCUUGGUCAUGGCUUUGGCCAUGUUGAUUAUUGACUUACGUAUGAAGUCUUUUUUGGCAAUUCCAAAUUUGGCAAUUUUUGGAGCCAUUGCAUCCUUACUCUUUUUUCCAUCGCUGCAAAUCCCCACAAACCCAUUUGCCUUGGCAUGUUUCUUCAGCUGCCUGAUUUCAGAUCCCCUUCUCGAUGUUUACUUCAGUGGACUUUCGGUUACUGAACGAUGGAAGCCCUACUUGUACCGUGGCAAAAUUUGCAGGCGGCUUUCUGUCAUCUCAGUUGGAGUCAUUGAACUAAUCUUUUUCAUUCUUGCAGCCUUUAAACUACGUGAUUUGGAUCUCUGGUAUUUUGUGAUACCUGGCUUUUCUAUUUUUGGAAUUUUCUGGAUGAUCUGUCAUGUGAUUUUUUUUAUAACUCUUUGGGGAUUUCACACAAAACUAAAUGACUGUCACAAGGUAUACUAUACCCACCGUGCAGAAAACAACAGCCUUGACAGAGUUAUGGCAUCUAAAGGAAUGCGUCACUUCUGUUUAAUUUCGGAACAGCUAGUAUUUUUCAGCCUUGUCGCGACUGCUGUUUUGGGGGCCGUUUCUUGGCAGCCAACCAAUGGGAUCUUCAUGAGUGCAUUUCUCAUCGUUUUACCUCUGGAGUCCAUGGCUCAUGGGCUCUUCCAUGAGCUGGGAAACUGCUUGGGAGGAACGUGUGUCGGGUAUGCUGUUGUCAUUCCCACCAACUUUUGCAGUCCUGAUGGACAACCAACUCUUCUUCCACCUGAGCAUGUACAGGAGUUAAAUUUGAGAUCUACUGGCAUGCUUAAUGCCAUACAAAGAUUUUUUGCGUAUCACAUGAUUGAGACGUAUGGUUGUGACUACUCUACAAGCGGACUGACCUUUGAUACCCUUCACUCCAAGAUCAAGUCUUUUCUUGAACUUCGGACAGCAGAUGGACCCAGACACGAUACCUACAUUUUAUAUUACAGUGGUCACUCACAUGGCACUGGCGAAUGGGCACUGGCAGGGGGUGAUGCUUUACGACUUGACACACUGUUGGAGUGGUGGAGAGAAAAGAACGGCGCUUUCUGUUCUCGACUCAUCAUCAUUUUAGACUGUGAGAACUCUCAGCCCUGGGUUAAAGAAGUAAGAAAAGUAAAUGACCAGUAUGUUGCCGUGCAAGGAGCAGAAAUGGCCAGAGUUGUAGAUAUCGAGGAGGCGGACCCUCCUCAGCUUGGUGACUUCACCAGGCAGUGGGUUGAGUACAACUGUAACCCCGACAGCAACAUCAGCUGGUCUGAAAAGGGACGGACAGUGAAAGCAGUGUAUGGAGUGUCAAAACACUGGAGCGACUACACUUUGCAUUUGCCGACAGGAAGCGACGUUGCCAAACACUGGAUGAUGUACUUCCCGCGCAUCACCUACCCGCUGGUACACCUGGCAAACUGGUUUUGUGGUCUCAAUCUGUUCUGGGUCUGUAAAGCGUGCUUUAGGUGCUUGAAAAGACUGAAAAUGAGUUGGUUUCUUCCCACAGUGCUGGACACAGGACAGGGUUUCAAACUCGUCAAGUCCUAAUUAGCAACCAAAGAGAAGAUGAAGUGAGAGCUCUGGGAACUUUCUCACUGUACCAUACUUACAACUUUUUAUAUGACUAUUUUUCUCUGAAAAAGUCUGCUACACUCAUUUUAAUGAGCUCAUUGAGCAGCUACAGUAUAUGCAACAGUUAGAAACUGCAAUCUUAAACAGAAGAGGCUAGAACUAUCAUAUUUGAGUUUUGUUACUGAUCUGUUUGUACAUAGGUAAGAGACUUAUUUAAUAUGACCAUGCAUUUUGGAGACAGGUCGCAUGUUCAUAUGCGUUACUUAAAGCAGCCUUUGUUCAGAGUCACCAGUUUGAUGAACAACAGCUCCUGUGAAUGUUAUAGCAUGCUUAUUUGUCAUUUAAAUCUACUGUAAGGUUCAAAUAGAGGAAAGGAACCAAGAUAAUACUCAAAUGAAUUUAUAUGUCCUUGAAAUUAUAUUGUGGGGUCUAGGGUAUUAUAAAACAGCACUGAGCCAAAAAAAAUAGAAGAAUGAGUAGCCAUUGUAGGUAAGUAGCUACCAAGAAUCUUUAGUUUUAUUUGCUUUUAUGUCUUCAGCCCCUGCCUCAGUUCUCUACUGCCAUCAGUGGAAAUUUGCCACAGAAAACAAGGAAAUCAGACAACCCUCUACUGUUCUGAUGCUGCUUGAACAAUGUUUUCUGAAGGGCAGUUUUAAAAACUUUUCAGUGUUAAAAAUUCAUUAUCUUGCUGGUGAUUUUUUUUUUUUUUUUAAUAUUCCCAGUAGUUAAUUCAUAUAUGGAAUAAAAAGUGCACUGAGAGUUUUUCCCUCACCUGUUAGGAUGGUUCUGUCUUUUCCAGGCUCUUACUAGUUUGUAUUUUGAAAAGCUAUCCUGAAGAAGAAAAAAAAAAAAAAAAACAAAAACAAAAACCAAACAAACAAACAAAAAAAGACUCAAGGCAUUUAACAAAAAAAUUAAUCCUUAGAUAAGAAAUGGAAGUACAAGUGUUGCCUUGCUUCCAUGUUUAUCUGAAGUCUUUGCUGUGCCGAAAACCUUGAUUCUGUAAAACGCUGAGUAAAGGCUUGGACCACUGAGAUCAUUAUCUAUUAAAACCAUGAGCAGAGUUUGUCAGAAAGAAUGGAUUAUUCCUGUAGGACAGGAAUGAAUCCUGAACAUUCCUCAGCUCUGAUCUCCCAGCCACGAGGUCCUAAAAAUAAGGAGUGAAACAGUUAAGCAGCUAAGACAGUACAAUUUGUGGUGGGCUUUUUGCAUAUGUGUGUGCAAUCCAGUAGACCUAGAGUUUACUUUUUUCCAUUUCCAUCACUAUUUUAAUAAAAAUGUUAGGCAUUAGCUGAUAUUUGUUUAAAAUACAAGUUACUAAUUUGUGGUUUAAUUUAAAUAUAUAAAAAUACUUUAAGAGCUUUUUAAGUCUUUGCCAUCAAGGGUUUUUCUAAUUCCAUUUGAACUUUUUAGCCAGCUAAGUUAGGGAAUCUGCAGACAUUGAUACCUCUUAGUAGCUCCUGAGAUCUGCAAUAGCCAGAGUAAUUUGCACCCACCAAAUUCAAAAUGGUGAUUUUUGUAGGAUUUACAAGCAACAGCCACCAAGUUUCUUCAUUAGUGUGUAUUACACAACCUUGUUUAGCAAGACACCACCCCCCAGCCUGCUUUGCUUUUCUCCAUCCCCUUCCAUGAAGUGAAAAGGGGGUAAAGAAAUGAGAGGUGAGAGAUCCUACCAAGACUCAGUUCCACUGGGUCUUCUCUAAGUAAAUGCUGUGAUUGCAGCUCUGUCACGGGUUUGAGAGGUGGCUGUUCUCUGGGAUAACAGGGGGCAAUUGCACCAUCUGACUUCAGGUAUCCAACUUAAAUUCCUAACGUGGGAUCCUGAGGUAGGAGUCGCCUCAUUUAAAUUCAGCUCUCUGAAGGCUAGACAGCUGAAUCCAUGCUGGUGACCUGAGGUGCUCCACUGCUCGUUAACGAAGAGAAAUAAGUAUUUCCAGAGGAAGAUUCAUUUCAUCUAUAUUUUAGGAUUAAUUUUCCUGUGAUUGUGCCUAUUAUAUUUGUUUUGGGUUUGUUUUCGUAUGCCAGAGGUCAAGCAGACAAAUCCCUUAUGUCUGUUCAGUAACCUUAGAGCACUUCUCUUCUAAGUCAUCCUCUGGAGCCUGGGCUGAGUACGUAAGCUCCUCAUUCAAGCACGUCAGUUGGAUACUUGAAGUUGGGCUGGACAAGCAUCUGUCAGGUUGCAGAAAAGCAGCACUGCCUCCUCUGCAGAAGUCAUUUCCAGGUAUUUCUGGUCAACAACACUUGAGUAUUGAGAAAAAUGACUGCAUAAAAGCAAUCAUUUGGUUUGUAAAAUCAGUGUCAUUUUGACUGCUAUUUCAGUAAAAGGUCAUCUGAUUGCAUCAUAAACUCUUCCAGCUUGAGCACUAGAAAUUUUUAACAAAGUCCCCAUAAAGCAACACUGUAAUACCUGGUAGUCCCCCUGUGAACAUUUGAAACUCAAGAAGUUAGCCCUUUCUGUUUUGGAAAAGCUUUGAAUACCAACUAUAACGCUUCCCGCUAAUUAUGAUGGGUAAAUCUUGCUUUCUACCUGCUACUGUUACAUUUUUUUUGGACAUCAUCUGUUUCUUUCUUUUUGUAGAAAAAGGGGAACAGGAAAAGUGUGGGGCUCCUGACCUGUCCUGGGACUGUGAGCAGUAUCCGCUCUGCAGUGCAGUGAUGGGCCUGGCUUUGGGCAGAAUAAAUGCAACAAUUGGUGCUGAUCUUUGGCCUCUGUUUAUUAAAUGGUUUCCAGCUUACUUAUCAAACUGUUAGAUUUUCUCUGGGAUAGACUGGGUGGUCUUUAGCAGUCUGCUGAAAGUUAGAUAAAGAGUCAGCUAACAAUAGAGCAAAAAAAAUAUUUUUAAAACUAAUCACGUGUUUGCAGAGUUGUUUCAGUUUUCUCAAUUAAAGAACUCUAGUCUUCUGAAUUUGAAAUAGUUUUAACAUGAGCUAAGAUAUCCCUACUUUUGAUUUUGUUAUUUUUUCAAACAGCCAAUGUGUGGUGAGAAUGCUGAUUUAAACUAAAAGAAAUGUUUACAGCCAUUCAAACAAUGAGGCCUUUUUGGACAAAGAGACUGUCUUGUGUGUUUCAAAACACAGUAAAACCAGGGCUGUGGGAUGACGAGCCUCAGGAAUUCAACAGCAUUAAUUCUCCACUUCUACACUGACUAAUGUCAAGGUGUCCUACCGUGACCCACGUUCCCAGGUGGAGUUUUUCUCCAGCUCCUGGUGCUCACACACCUCUGUGGGUCUCUGCUUGAGGGACAAGGCACCAGGAGCUCCUAAUCCCAGUGAGGAGUGAGGAGUUAUCCCUCCGCUGUUCCCUGUAUGAAAUGCAGGGGCAACGCCUGAAAGAGGAAUUGAAAUCUAAUUCCAAAGAAUGUUACAUAUGCUAUCAGUUACGUACAAGUUGUUUAGUGGUAGCAUGCUUACAGAUUGUCUGGAUGGAGAAAAUCUAAGCUUGUUUUUUAGAGGAUUGUCUCUGUACUCUGUGUUCAGACAUUUUGUUACAAAGGUGGUUAUAAAUUUGUACCACGGUAGCAAUGUUAUAUUGACUUUGCUUCAUUUACCUCCUGUAUAGUAUCAGCCUUGCUGAAACAUGCAAAUGCACUAAGUUGUACUAAUUUAAGUCUUUAAAAGGAAUUCAAAUUGCAAACUCACAGUAGUAUUUUUCUCUUAACAAGCAUUGGGGAAAAAAGCCAUUCUUCUUCAUUUUUGCACUACCAGAGUUACGUAUUUGCAGUUCCUUAGGCUUUGUAUGCCUUGUGAUUGUUAUUGUCCAGCCUUCAGUUCAAGUUUUCCCCAGAAAUAACUCUUUACCUUUAUUAAGUUUUCCCUUUAUUUUGCAAAGGCAUAAUUAAUGCUAUGCUAGCUGUAAAGCACCUCUGUUGUCAGCAGUAGGCAAUGUAACCAGGUUAAUUUUCUUGUUUAUAAAUACCCUUCUGUGGGAGGAUUUUUACUGGACAUAUCAAUUUUAGAUCUGUAAAUAGAUUUUUUUUUUUAUUAUUGUGUAUUUGUGAUAUUACUUAAAUAUAUUUUGCUGGUUUGGAUGCUCAUUUCCAUUUCAUGUUUUUGUUUAUGACUUGAUCACUUCCCAGAUUUCUGUGCCGCUCCUUGAAAUACAUGGGGUUUUUCUGUA